AUGAACAACUACUCUACAGUGACAGAGUUUGUUCUGAUGGGAUUUUCUGAUGACCCAGAUUUGCAAAUGUUGCAUUCUGUGAUGUUUCUUACUGUUUACAUAACAGCCUUAAUGGGAAAUUGUCUCAUUAUAUCAGCAGUGGCUAUUGACCACCACCUUCAUAGUCCAAUGUACUUCUUUUUGGUCAAUCUUUCCCUUUUAGAUAUUUGUUCCAUCUCCACUACAGUUCCAAAAUCCAUAGCUGUUUCAUUGACAAACAACAAAGGGAUUUCCUUUGCUGGAUGUGUUACUCAGAUCUUUUUAAUGGUCAUGUUUGUUGGUGGUGAGCUUGCUCUGUUAACUAUCAUGGCUUAUGACCGUUAUGUAGCCAUCUGCCAUCCUCUGCAAUAUAAGCUAAUAAUGAACUGGAAUGCCUGCGUUCAAAUGGUAGCAAUCUCCUUCACAUGCAAUCUGAUCCAUGCAGUAAUAGAAACCAGUAUGACCUUUCGAUUAAAUUUUUGUUUGUCCAACACAAUUGGCCAAUAUUUCUGUGAUAUUCCUCAGUUACAAAAGAUUUCUUGCACAUGUACAAAAAUCAAUCAAAUGUUGAUCUUUGUUCUUGGGUUCAUUUUGGACUCAUUUAUUUUUGCAUUCAUAUUUGCUUCCUAUGCCUAUAUCUUCUUUGCAGUGAUGAAAAUGCCAACAGUUAAAAGCAGGCAUAAAGUGUUUUCGACCUGCACUCCCCACCUAACUGUUUUUUCUUUAUUUAUCAUCACAGCUGUAUUUUCCUAUAUGAGACCCAAAUCACUUUCUACUCUUUCUGUAGACUUGAUUUCUGCUGUUUUAUACACUGCUUUGCCACCCGUUUUGAAUCCUAUUAUUUAUAGCUUUAGAAACAAGGACCUACAAAAAGCUCUCAUGAAAAUAGUGAAAAAAAUAAGAAUUACAUAA